AUGCCAACCGUGCGGUGAAGUGGACAACAGCUCGCGAGCCCACCCUCGCGCACAUUUUCAAAGCGUGUGAGGAUGUCACAUGGAGAUACUGUAUGUUAGGAAGCUAGAGAUAGACAGAGAGAUAUAGGAAGAACAGAUGGAGAGAGGGACAGAGUUAGAAAGAGAGAGAGAGAGAGUUAGAAAGAGAGAGAGAGAGAGAGAGAGAGAGGGAUUGACAACGAGGAGCAGCAAUAACAGGAAACACAGCGCGCGGGGCUUUGCUUUCCUACGGAGCGGAUGCACUGACCAGAGCAAACAGAAGGGCACGAGAGGAGCGGUAGCAGACAGAUAAAACGGGAAGAGGAACCCUAGAACACCUCAGAACUAACCGGUUCUAACAUUCUCACAGAGAGAGAGAAGAGUCGGUUUCCGUGCGGGGUGUUAUCCAAUUGAAAACCGUCAUCGACGAGGAGAAUAGAAGGUUCCAUGGAUUCCCCUUCUGAUCUGUUUGGUCGUCAGUCCUCCCUGAUUUCUCCCUUUGUCCUUUACCCUGACCCCUCCACCGCCCUUGACCUCCCCAGACACCUCACACCCUCUGGAGGGGGGCACGGUGCACCCUACCCUGGAGCCAACCCCUCCUACCCCCUAAUCCACCACCUGCUGCAGCCUGGUGGAGCCCCCAUGAGGUCCGGGGGGGAAUUACACCUAGACAGAUAUAACAUGGAAGAGGAAGGGAUGGAGGAGGAGGAGGAAGAGGAGGAGGGGAUGGGUGGACGCUUGGUAGGGGUGGGGGGGAAGAGGCUGAGCGGUGACGCCCUAGAGGCAGACUGGAGUUAUGACAUGAUGAGAGUGAAGCGAUUGAGACUGGAGAGUCUAGAUAAAGGAGAUGGAGAGAUAGGCUUAGAGGAAGAAGAAGAAGAGGAGGAGAAAAGGAGGAGGAGUGCGGAGAGGGGGAACAGGGAGAAAGGGAGGGAGGGGAGGAGAAGGGAGAGAGAGGAGCUGAAGGAACAGUUAGAAGAGGCGAGAGGAAGACUGAAGGCCUUGCAGGAGAAAGUAUGGAAAGCAUUCGGAGAGAGACCCGCUCAGGAGGAGGAGAAGAGGUGGACCGGAGGAGAGCAGGAGGAGGAUGGUGAUGGAGAGAUGGACAAAGAGGAGGAGAAGGAGACAGCAGAAGGGAUCACUGAAGAAGAGGAGGUGGGAGAAAUAGACGAUCUCUCUCUUCCCUUCAUCCCCUCUUCUCCUCAUUUCCAAGGCAUCGCUAGACGAGACCGAAAAGCGAGGGACCAUGAGAAAAGGAGUGAAGAACAGAGGAACGCGAAUGGAGGAGGGGAGGUGUUAUUGGAGGGGGUUCUGGAGAGGGCGGCAGUGUGGAUGGGGUGUGGGGUGGUGAGGGGGGAAUGGGAGCGUUUUGGAGGGGAGCAGAAGUUUGCCCAAGCUUUGAAACAGGAACUGGGAAGCGCUGUAGCUCGAGUCAUCGAUAGGGUCCUCCGUCUAUACACCCAAAACGAACCUCUACCUCCCUCCAUUCAUCCUUUCACCCUGUCACCCAGAGAGGGAGGGAACGAGGGAGGAGGCGGAGGAGGAGUGUGGGCAGCCCUGAGAGAGAGGAGGGAGAGAGAACGGGGUGGAGGUUCACCUCCCCACUCGAACAGAGCUCCGUCCCCCUACCAGGAACAAUCUGAAGCGUUGCCGUUGAUUACCCGUCGCCCCGACAAUCGCCGAAACCAUCUUCUACCCCUCAACAACCACCCUAACAUCCGAACUAAAAACCCUCUUCUCCCUCCUCACCCCUUCCCCCCUCUCUGCCAGCCUCACCACCACACCCACCCCGCCCUCCUCCCCCCCUCCUCUUGUCAUAAGGACUCCUCCCCCUUCCUCCCGCCCUCCUCCUGCCCGCUCCCCCUCCCCCUUCUCCACUACACCAUGCAACAGCUCUUCACUCGUUCUCUCUCUCACCUUCAUCCUCUCCACAAAGGGAACCCUUUCCUCCCCCACCUCACCCCCUCCUCCUCUUCCUCUCAUCCCUCCUUCCCUCCCCUCGCUGUGAUGGAGGGAUUGGACCGGCUGGAUGGAGGGCUGCAACAUCAUCAUGAGAGGGAUGGAGGGAUGAGAGGAGGAGGACGGGACGGUGGGAUGGAUUCUGGGAUGUAUCUCGGUCCGGGUUCAUCUCAGGAGGGUUUGUCUCCCUGUCAUCUGAAGAAAGCCAAACUGAUGUUCUUCUACGCUAGAUACCCCAGCUCUAACACACUCAAGACUUACUUCCCUGAUGUCAAGUUCAACCGCUGCGUGACCUCCCAGCUCAUCAAGUGGUUCAGUAACUUCCGUGAGUUCUUCUACAUCCAGAUGGAACGCUUCGCCAGACAGGCUGCCCGCGACGGUGCACCCUGCCUGGGGAGAGAGGGCAGAGAGCCCCCCCUCCGCCUGGGGAGAGACACGGAGCUCUAUCGCAUACUGAACAUGCAUUAUAACAAGAGCAACGACUACCAAGUUCCUGACAGGUUUGUGGAGAUAGCAGAGUUAGCACUGAGAGAGUUCUACACGGCGAUACAGACUGGGAGAGAUAGUGACCCCUGCUGGAAGAAAUCCAUCUACAAGAUUGUCUGUAAACUCGACAGCCCUGUUCCAGAUAGUUUUAGACUGCCUGGAUGUCCAAUGGGCUGAGGAGAGGACACACACACGGAAAACACACACACACACACACACACUGAUGCAAGAAAACACACACACACACACUGAUGCAAGAACACACACACACACACACACACACACUGAUGCAAGAACACACACACACACACACACACACAAUGAGCUGAUGAAUGAAAUGUCAAAUAUGUCACUAGUGUAAAUACACACAUUGGACUAAUAGUAAACGUGUAUUAAUGGAGAGGUAUACACAUGCUAUACUAUACUGUCUAUUAACUACUGCACUAUGUGUUCUGCCUUGAAUGUCUCUGGUUGUCUGUCGCUUAUAGUUCGCUGCUCUUAUUGGCUGUGUUACUCAAUACCACAUCUGGGUUCAAAUAGUAUUUAGCGGGGUUUUUUUUUUCGCUCGCUUGGACUGCCAGACUAUUAUAUUAGUUCCAUUGCAACUGGUAAACUCAAAACACAGAAAGUAUUUGAAAUUAUUUCAAAUGGCAUGUGAGGCCAUAGAGAUGGAGAGAGUUCUCGUCUUUUGUAAUGAUUUCAAAUGGCAUGUGAGGCCAUAGAGAAGGAAAGAGGUCUCCUCUUUGUAUCUGUGCCAUUAUGGUGUCUGUGACAGAAUGGCCAGCGCCAUUGACGCUCCAUUCAGUGCUGGAGUCUUAAACCAAAUCAUGUGUCAUUAAUUUAUCAUGGCCACAAGAUGGCGGUGAUAUAAAGUCAUUUAAAAAAUAGACAAUGGUUUGAUCAUUGGCUGAUUGCUCACAACCCAUUAGAAUCCCCACCCAGUUGACUACGUUAAAAUGGUGGAAAACCCUCACUGGCAAUGUUCAUGCUAAAAACAGGUUAUCCAAGUUUAUUCCUCUGACUAUGUCUGUUUGAACCCAGAUCUGCUCUAUCCAGUCCAAAACCAUAAAGAUCUCUGGAAAUGGAUCUAUGGACAAAUUAUUCGAUACAAUUCAUUCAUAAUAUUAAAUAUGCUUUUAUUUA